AUGAGCGCCAGCGGCAUGAGCGGUGUGCCGGUCGAGGACUCUCUUCCUGACGACACGACAGGACAUUUUCUCACAGACUUCACGAUGGACGCGGGAGCAAACAUAACGGAAGUGGAUAUGGGCACACAGGAGGAUAUCAUGUACAGUACGGGCUGGGGUGGACCAACAAUAGACCAGAUUUGGCAGGACAUUCAACUCUUCGCCGAGUUCGCCUCGGGACCCUCUCCAUCAGGGGAAGAAGCGGCGAGCAUCCUGGCUGAACGUAUCCUGGUCGGUCAGACCACCGUCAGACCGAAAGACGUUCUGCAGUUAAUGCCACCGUGGCGCAUGGGAGAUCGCCUCUGGCUUGUCCAAGUUCCGGAUGGCUCAACACGCGUCACCCGGCUUCCCAAAGACUGUCCCGAAGCGGGUGACUGGACCAUUCCCCUCGGCGAUGGCACACUGUUCGAGUUCCGCACUCACCACAUUCCACCUCCGCCGGUCACAACGACGUCCACGGCUCCAUCCCCCACGGACGCAUCUGACGCCUCUUCCCCGACCGAAGCCUCGUCCCCUGAGGGUGUUGGCGCUCCGAGUACGCCCCCGCCUUCGUUGGGCGACAGCGCCGAGGACAGCGCCACAGCGCCCACGCCUUUGCCAGGCGGCCCGGAUAUGCCAGCAGACGCCAUCAACCCUAGCGCUCCGGUCGAGGCGAGCAACGACGUCGAUAUGGUCGACAUGGACGGAUCGCCCUCGGCGUCUGAAUCCACACCUUCGCCCGUCGGGAACGCGCGAGUUCGCCGACCCAACAAGAAGAACUCCAAGAGCACGCGCUCAGCGCCGUACUCGAAGGAGAAGCCUCAGGUCGUCGCUUCCAGCGAUGAUCUGAGCGCUCACAACAUUCAAUCAACCAACGCCACCCCCACGGGAAGUGCCCACGUGGGCGACGCGGGCGGAGAAACGUCGUCGCGCGUCAGAGCACCGCCGCCAACGAAGGGCAGGAUGGGCGCGACACUGCCCGAUCCCACGAACGCCAUGUACUCCACGCUCGACCAGAUCAUCGAUUCCGCCACGGGGACAUCGGGCCGUAAAGUGAAGUUUAUCGCCGCGUGCUGGGAGGACAAGGUACUGCGCGCAUUCUUGACCAAGACGGAGGUGGAGGCGCUCCGUGCAAUGACUGGCGGGAAAAGUAAGGACGGUGGCAGGUGGCGAUGCAUCUUCCCUGGACGCGAUGGGCCAUGCGUGAAGACUUACAAGUACCCGAACACGCGCGACCGGCACGUCAACGAAGACCAUCUCCAUGAUGAACUCGGUCUUCCCCUUCCCAACAUCACGGGCGGCGCCAUCUGCCCCCACUGCAACGGCUAUAUGUAUCGCGGGGACAAGGACUUCACGGAGAAGCGUCACAUUAACGAUUGCAAAGCGCGGACGGAGGCAAAGAAGAAGCAGGACGAGGCAGCAAAGCGGCUGGCCGAUUCGGUUUCGAGCGAGUAG